UGAUUCGGAGUCCAAAGUUUGAAACGUGUCAAAGUGAAAGAAAGAUCCCAAAAAGCAAAAAGGGGAAAAAGAUAGUUAGUGUAACGAAGAGGGAACAAUUCCAAUACACGACAGAGACAGAGACGAAGCCAUUGCCAAGCAAUCAUUACCGUUCGUAUUUGUAUUCCUAUCAUCUGUGGUUGCCUUUCCCUUCAACGCUUUGUUUGCAUUCAUUAUUUUAAGCUUAUGGAUCCGGAAGCCUUGCUGGGCCCCGACCCGAACGUGGACCGGGACCCGCUUCGCGUAAAGAGGAAGACUCUUGAGGCGGUGCUUCUGCAGUGUCAGAGAGCUCUUGAGUUGAUCAACGCUACAAGUGCCACCACUGCUUCCACUUCUCCUUCUGCUGACGUGGAAUAUGAGGAGGGUGAAGCCACUGCAUCAGUUGAUCCUGAUGCGGACAAGUUAUGUGAUCUGCUCAAAUCCAGAGUUGAAUGCCCUGCCUUUCUUCAAAAGUUGGAGUGCGCCCAGGCGUCGGUUUCGCAGAAUACAGCUGAAGAAGGUAAUUCUUGGGACAUUGUCAGUGAAAAUGAUCUCUGGGAUAGUGAACGUGCUGACGCAGACCAAGAAGAUUAUGUCCUUGUUAGACAAGAAGAUAUAGUGGAGGGCAUUGCAUGCUUUAUGGCUGCAUAUUUGCUAUCCAUCAAGCAGACUAAGGAUUUGACCCCUAUCCAACUCCAGGAGGCGAUCAGCAAGACAUUCUCAGUGAAAAAGAAAAAGGGAAAGCUUCGAAAGGCUUGGGAUGGGAGCAAAGUUAUUUAUAAUGUUGCAUCAUGGGGGGCUACGGCCAUAGGGAUAUAUCAAAACCCUGUUAUUCUCAGGGCUGCAACUAAAGCAUUCUGGGCUUCUUGUCAUGUCAUAUCGAAGCUUCUCUAAUUUGCCAAUACAGCAUGCAGCUUGGAGCGAAGUUGUGAUGUAGUAAUUUAACCACUCUUGUACCUUGCUUGUGCUGCAAUUUAGCUUGGCGCCCGAUGCCCUGUUCGUGUUUGAUUUAAAUUUCGAUUUCUU